UAGACCGCUUAAUUUUAUUUGCUUGGCCGGAAAUUCCCAUACGUUACGACGGAUGAAAUGGUAGAGGGCCGAUAAUUGUUUUUCAAACACGGAGAAUUUUGUAGUUGUGACAGCUACAGGUCCAUUCGGUCGUCAUGGUUACGGUCUGGUAGCGGAGCGAUUCCCUUCUGCACGGCACUCAGUACGAACCGAGCCGGUUACACAUUUGGUCGUCUCCGCUAAAGCAGCCGACAGACGGGAUGCGCUCCAAAUACAUUUAGUAAUUUCCGCCGGCCAGUCUCUAAGCUCGGACGAAAUGGAAGAAGAAACGGCCGGGUCGGCUUCGGCCGCCUCAGAAGAAGCCAACCGAGUGUCUCCGAUUAAGACUUCUUUAACUCACAGAUUUUUUCACCCCCCCAAGUUGGAGAGGAAACACAGCAGCGGCGACUUGCACAGUCGACUCAAGACCAGAAAAAUACUCGGAGUGGGCGAAACGGAUAACGGAGACAUUCACAGAUCCAAGAUCAGCCAACUGCUGGGACAUAACGAACAUCUUUACGUCAAAUUUCCCCGAGGAUAUUGGGUGUGGCACAUAACAGCGGCAGCGGUCUUCACCUCCGCGGGAGUCGCGACAUUUCUGUUUCCCGAUCAAUGGUACAACUUUCCCGUGAGAGAAGUCGCGGACGAUUCGCAAACGAAGGCUUUGACAAGAUAUUUCGGGUCCGCAGUUUUAGCCGUGGCCGUAUUAUUAUGGAGUUUCUGGGGAACCAUGGACAAACACGUGGUACGUUCUCUUUUAGCGGCGGUAACUCUGCUCCAUUUUUUAAUUCUACUCGCCUGUUCCAUCGGCAUGUGGCAGCGAGAGGAGGCAGAACCGGUAGACAUCUUGGUGGUGGCAGAAUGCCUGGUGGCGGCGACCUCCAGCCUGUACUUCUAUUGGGCCAUCACCUUCUGUAACGUCCGCAUGCGCAAGUCGGCGUCGCAUAAGGAGUUGAGGGAGACGAUGAGUAGACUCAACUCCUCAGACGGUUCCGCCGCUCAAAACAAAAGCAAUUGAAACACCCGCUCGGUGGCCCCAAACUUCUUUUUUACGCCGUGUUUUUCUCCCGGAAGAUAGGCCCCGGGUUGGUGGGUUUCCGGAAGGCGCGUCGGCCCCUUACUUUCUCCUACCGGAAAUCCCACCCGCCAUCCGGCUUUGGCUUUUGUUAUUAUCGAAAUUGGUUUGGCGGCAGGUGGACGGACGUCCUACUUCGGAGCAUCCUACGUCUCCCUGGGUAAGACGACCGUCCGAUAAAUACCAUUUCGAAAAUAAGGUUAAUUUGACGCAGAGAGGUCCCAGUACAAAUUCCGCUGGCGGGUUUUCGUUUCGGAAAUGUAAAUAUUGGAAAAGACGCCCCGAAUAUUCCAAGAAAUUUCUGCCAAACCAAACGCGUCUAAGUGUAGCUUGGUGUAAAGUACAAUACGUUUAUCGGUUAAAUUAAUUGAUGGUUUCGUACUUCUGUCGACCGACGUGUGAACGAUUC